AUGUCCUCAACCGAAGGAAAAUCACACGGAAUUCAACCACCCACAACCGCCCCAACUGGUCACCCUCUUCCACGACGUGUCCCGCCCUCACAAUCUGUGACUCUCCGGCACCAGCUCUUUGCCCGCGAUGCCUCUAAUCGAGUUAGGCCAGGCUCUCCCUUGGCAAAGGAGAGGACGCCCACAUUCCCUCGCCCAAACUCUUCAAGCGAGAGCCAUGAUACCGGUCCGAGUGAUCCCAAGAAUUGGUUUGAUCAGUCAAACGAAAACCCAACAGCAACUUUCGACAACACUGUGAUGGAUGUUGACCCUCCCUUCUUCCAGAAAGAGUCAGACUCGUCCAAUGAGGAGAAACCAUAUACCUAUGGCAACCAAUUGGCCCCGCCAAAAGUCGAGACGGCCCAAAGCAGUAGUGCAGACGACUACCGAAGCGUCAUCGACGACCUAACCAUCGAAAUCCAACGUUUAAAGGAGGAAUUGAAGCGGUAUAAGCAAUUGGGCCCAGACAUGCUCAGAAAGGAGAAACUGUUCGAGAUCAAGGUUCACGGUCUACCUAAUACGAAAAAAAGAGAACUCGAGGCAACGCUGAGAGAUUUCGCCGCCGGCCUCGGAAGCUCCCCGAGCGGAUCAUCUUCGCAAAGGAACAAGAAAUCAUCUCGUCAUGCAAACCGCGAUCGUAUGUACUCUGCAUCAGGAUCUAUGUCGAAGCAUGCACCUUCAACGUCCGACUCCUACUUCAGACACGCUGAUUCUGCGUACGCCUCCAUGUCUAUCGGCGCCAAGUCUGGUACAUCUCUCGCUCGCCCCAUGAUGAUGGGCUCAAAAGAUGCAAAUGAGAAAAAGGUCCAGAGUUACUUGCGAGACAUUCCUGAAGGUCUUUAUCCACGACACAUGAUCAUGACAGAGAGGGAAAGGAAGAAACUCGUUGUUCGUCGUCUUGAACAUCUCUUUACUGGAAAGAUUGGUGGUCGCCAUGCCCCAAAGAAACCACUUACACCACACGUGGGCAAGCCGGUGCAGACACCCAUCACCGUCGACGUACAACCCCAGGCACCAACCGCACUAGAUCGGUCACCAUGCGUUCAAUCAGAGCCCGCCCGUGAAGCGAAAAUCCUCCCCUUGGAGCAACAAUCUGGAUAUUCGGGCAAGAAGAGUCAGUCAAGAGAUAAUGAAUCUGCCUCCAACUCCCGCGGCGAUCAGACAGAGUCCGGUGGCAAUGGCAGCGGCAGCGGCAGCGGCUCCGGAGCAAAUCAUUCUCCACCCUUGCCACCGCCAGCACCAGAGCAGCGGCCCACACGGCCCCGAGACCUGGAUCCCGACCGCGCCCAAAUUCCAUCAGAAAAUAUGGACUACAUUCGCCACCUUGGCUUAGCGCCCCCGGAACUGUUACCGGAACCGCCAAUGGCAUCCGCCCCUGUCCAGGCUGACGCCGAUGGAUGGGUCUACUUGAAUCUCCUCUGCAAUCUGGCUCAGCUCCAUAUUAUCAACGUCACUCCGGAAUUUGUUCGAGUAGCCGUCUCUGAGUUCAGCUCGAAAUUCCAAUUGUCCUCUGAUGGGCGCAAGAUUCGGUGGCGAGGCGGGUCCCGAGGCACUAAGUUUAGCAGCGACAGUUCUGGAUACAAUUCACAGCAGAGCCCUAACUGUGAUACUGAUGAUUCAAACAAGAAAACACGCAAGCGUCAGAAGGCCGUUAGUUCAGCGGAUGACGACUUUCACGCAGGAAGCUCGACCAAGAAAGCAUCCAAAUUCGGCGCACAAGUACCCAGUUUCUCUGAAAAUUUCCAUUAUAAGCCGAUCCUUGCGCAACGAGAUUACUCAACCUCCAUGGACGAAACUCUUUCAUCUGUUGGGCCUCCCGAGGAAAGUAAUGUUGACGACUCUCGCUGGGGUAUGAGCGGUUCUGGUACGUCGAAUCGGCGUAAACGUCGCCAUGACGGCGCCAUCAUCUAUUACAGCGGCGCGCCUUUCUGCACGGAUUUGUCAGGCGACCCAGGAGAUGUUUCCACCUCACCAAAUAUGCUUACAGACAGCCAAACCACACAUAGUUUACAUCGACAACCACUUCCCAAUCGCUCUCCUUCUGGAAGAACAUACUCUGGGUCUUUCAUCAACGACAGGCCUUUGAGUGACAGGGGAUCUUUUUUACGAUCCAGUUCGGAAAUGAACAUGGAUGAUAACGGAAGGACACCGAAAUGGACCGCCGAUGAGGCCGAAGAGUUGAGCGAUGUCGAACUGGAUCUGGUCUGGUCAACCGAGAAGCAAUACAUAAAACUUCACCCCCUGGAGCCCUGUGGUCUUGGUGGUAUUCGACCAGAUGACCACUUCAUGGUGGUCGUCGCUACAAAGCGAUCAAAACAAGAUGCAAUCCCAACGGAUACAUCACAUCGGCAACCAGGGUCGGAUGAGACGACCGAUGGGAUCAUCCGUCGUUUAACCACCAUGUCGACGUCGUCGCCUGACCUUCAAGCCUUCAGAAUGACACCCCACCGCGGAAUUCGACCCAUGGGAAUCGAGUAUGUUUCUGGCGGGAUCAAGCGUCUUCACCCAGUUCCUCUCCCACCCCCAGCCAUGUUCAUCUCGCCGUUCAGUUCCGAUGAGUCCACGACAGAUGACAUGUUUGCCUCUGAAUCCAUGGACGAUCUUGAAUCGUCUGAGGAGAUGAUGAGCCAGCUUGCAAACCCCCACCAACCCGAUGACUACCCCGAUGGGGUCGACCUCAGCAGCGGUGACGAGGACGGCGAGGAUCCAGACGACUCCCCUGGCGAGCACAACAUGUAUGACACGAGUGGGAAUGUCAACGCCCUAGGGUUGCCAAAUCGAAGCCGAGUUACCACACGACGAAAUUCCAGCAGUGCUGCAGCGGCAGCGGGGACAGCUCGCGAAGGUAGUAAGAGUACCUCUGCACAGAGGAUGCUUUCCCCCGGUGGAACAUCCGCUGUGACUGUUGGGGGAAGUAUGAGUGGGUACAGUACCAGCGAGGAGGAGAGCCCUUGA